UUGGUGGGCAAGGAAUAUAUUCGCCGAUCAUCUCCAAUCCUCCCUUCGAUUUCUCCCUGAAAAAAUUUCGAUUCCUCCCUACCGGUCGACGAACCAUACGGAUUGCAAAUCCAACGCCCUUCUUUACCUAUAUCUAUCGAUUGAAUUCUGUAAUUCUCUCUCAAUUCGAAAACCCUAGAUCUUCCUACCCAUCUUCAAUUCAUCAUCUUGUCUAGUUCUUCAAACCGAAGAAAGGGAAGAUGGACGAUAGCUGCGCCGUCUGCGCCGAGACCUUAGAGUGGGUGGCCUACGGACCUUGUGGGCACCGCGAUGUGUGCUCGACCUGCGUGGCUCGACUCCGUUUCAUCUGCAACGAUCGCCGGUGCUGCAUUUGCAAGACCGAGUCCAAGAUCGUCUUCGUCACCAAGGCUUUAGGAGAGUACACAAGGAUGAUAAAUGAUUUUUCAGUCUUGCCAUCCGAAUUAAGGGAGGGUCAAAUGGGAUCAUACUGGUACCAUGAAGACACAGAGGCUUUUUUUGAUGAUUUGGAUCACUACAAGAUGAUCAAGGCAAUGUGCAGACUUUCAUGCAGUGUAUGUGACAAGAUGGAUGAACAAACUAAUGGUGGCUCAAAGAGAAGGGGAAGAUUGAGGAACAUUGAGCAAUUGAAGGGUCAUUUAUUUCAUCGGCAUAGGUUGCUCAUGUGCAGUCUUUGUUUGGAAGGAAGGAAGAUCUUUAUAUGUGAGCAAAAGCUGUAUACUAGAGCACAGUUGAAUCGGCACAUAGAGACAGGUGAUUCAGAAGUGGAUGGGACUGAGAGUGAAAGGGGUGGGUUCAUGGGGCAUCCUGUGUGUGAAUUUUGCAGAACCCCAUUUUAUGGGGAUAAUGAGCUAUAUUCGCAUAUGUCCACUGAACACUAUACCUGUCAUAUCUGCCAAAGGCAGCAUCCUGGACAAUAUGAGUACUACAAGAAUUAUGAUGACUUGGAGAUUCACUUCCGUCGUGAGCAUUUCCUAUGUGAGGACGAGGCAUGCCUGGCCAAGAAAUUUGUUGUAUUUCAAUCUGAAGCAGAAAUGAAGAGGCACAAUACCAUAGAACAUGGAGGGCGUAUGUCUCGUUCUAAACGUAAUGCUGCACUUCAGAUACCAACUAGCUUUCGAUACAGACGAAAUAAUGAGCAAGAUCGUCGUCGUGGAAGGGGUCAGACAUUUCGUCGUGAUGAUUCUGUCAAUCAACUUUGUAUGGCCAUCCAGGCCAGCUUUGAGACAGCUAAUGCAGAUGGUACAUUCCAUGAUCCAUCAUCAUCCUCGGCCAUUGCACCAGCAGUAUCUGAUCAUGUAGAGGCCAAUGAUAUUGAUCCAAUUAUUCAGCCAUUUGAAUCAUUGACCGCCACAGAUGGUGAACCACCUUCUAGAUACCUUCAGGCUUUAUCUCAUAGCUCAAGGAAUCAACCUCUUCAAGAGUCGUCAUUUCCUCCCCUCCCUAUGUGCCCAACCAACAGUCAACAAAAAGCUAAACAUGACUCUGAAGGUUUGCAUAAGAACACUAUGGCAGCACAUCUCCGCAACAAAAAUAACAGAAAAGUUGCUGUUAUCAGUUCUGCCCAGGAUUGGCCAGGAACAAGCCGAGGGACCGUGGCAUCAUCUACUAGUGCAAACCAAUUAAGGCCACCCACAACCAACAAUCCACCAUUAUCAGCUGGCAAUCAGACUAGGCCUUCAACGAGUAAUGGACCUCUGCCUUCUAGGUAUGCAAGUUCUCUUCAGGCAGUUCAUGCGCAAGCAUCUGGUAGUUCUUUGAGUUCUUUGAGAAAUCUGGGCGGUGACUGUAAGAUGAGCCACUCUUCAUCAGCCCCCAACCUCAUUGCAAGUGGAUCCUUUGAUUCUUCAAACUCUGAUUUUCCACCCAUGUCUGCAACACAAAUCCAGAAAUCGUCUAAUAUAAAGAACCAGGCUCUGCCAAGCAUGGAAGAUGUUCACACAGCAAACAAGUCUUUGGUUGAAAGGAUGCGUGCUGCUCUUGAAUUCGAUCAAGAAAAGUAUGCAGCUUUUAGAAACAUAUCUGCAGAGUACCGUCAGGGUUCAAUGGAUACUGGAACAUAUCUGGCAUACGUGCAGGAAUAUGGUUUAACUCAUCUUAUUUAUGAUUUAGCUAGACUGUUGCCUGAUUCUGAGAAGCAGAAAGAGCUUAUUGAGACAUACAAUGCCAGCUUGCAAAGCUUGCAAAGAAACAGUGAUCAAGUUAAUGGUUGGGAUGGAGGUAGCAUCCACUGGAAGGGCGCAAGAAGUUCCAAGAAAGGUAAAGGGAAGCAUGUGGGUGGUGAAGGCAGUAACUCAAAAGAUGCAUUAGCAGAUGGCAUAAUAAGCGCUGUUCGAAAACUUCAGUCAAGCUAUCAGCCCUCCGAGGAAGAUGUAGAGGUGUUAUCAAAGGAUGGGUACCGCCCUUCCAGAGGCAAAUCAACAGUGGAGGCAUCCCGGGCUGAUUUUAAUCCUGCAAGUCAACCCUCAACAAGGAUUGGUGGCGAACCUGAUCAAAAUUUAGUGAAUGGGAGUGGGGGGAGUAAGCAAAAGAAGAAAACCUCAAAGUUUCUGAGAGCUCGUCUGGGUGAUGGCUCGGUGGCAGCACUUAUGGAUCAUCCUGAUCUAGAUCCAGAUCCAGAUCAACUGUGGGAGACAGAUGGCAACAAGAACCCUAAAGAGGGGCUUCCUGUUCGGGGUGUUUGGCACAAAGGGGGAGGUCAGAGACUUUUAGGAGUGGCUCCAAGAGAUGCUAGAAAAUGAAGCAUUAAGUAUUUUUUAUGGUUUUGAGUGCUGCUAGUUUGUAACCAAGAUGGCAGCGCAUCCAUGAGUUCAUAUAUGCCUCAUGGAAGUGUAUUUUUGAGAUGGUUUUCAAAUCAAGUUGAAAGGGGUAAAUUUUGUUUGGAUCAAAA